GGCCGCCGUCAUGCCCUCUGUGUCUCCGGCGGGCUCCUGGGCCCCGGCGGCCCCCAACACCACGGCGACGGAGGCCAACGUCAGCAUGCCAGAGAAGCCCCUGUUCCACGUGUUUGCCCGGCUGGACGAGGAGCUGCACGCCGCCUUCCCGGGCCUGUGGCUCGCGCUGAUGGUGGUGCACGGCGUCAUCUUCCUGGCGGGGCUGGUGCUCAACGGGCUGGCGCUGUACGUCUUCUGCUGCCGCACCCAGGCCAAGACGCCCUCGGUCAUCUACACCAUCAACCUGGUGGUGACCGACCUGCUGGUGGGCCUGUCCCUGCCCACGCGCUUUGCAGUCUUCUACGGCACGCGCGGCUGCUUGCGAUGCGCCUUCCCACACGUCUUCGGCUACUUCCUCAACAUGCACUGCUCCAUCCUCUUCCUCACCUGCAUCUGCGUGGACCGCUACCUGGCCAUCGUGCAGCCCGACGGCUGUCGCCGCUGGCGCCAGCCCACCUGCGCCAGGGCCGCGUGCGCCUUCGUGUGGCUGGCCGCCGGCACCGUGACCUUGUCCGUGCUGGGCGUGACAGCCGGCGGGCGGCCUUGCUGCCGCGUGUUCGCGCUGACCGUGCUGGAGUUCCUGCUGCCACUGCUGGUCAUCAGCGUGUUCACGGGCCGCAUCGUGUGCGCGCUGUCCCGGCCGGGCCUGCUGCGCCAGGGUCGCCAGCGCCGCGUGCGGGCCAUGCAGCUGCUGCUCACCGUGCUCAUCAUCUUCCUCGUCUGCUUCACGCCCUUCCACGCCCGCCAGGUGGCCGUGGCGCUGUGGCCCGAUGUGCCGCGCCACGCCAGCCUCGUGGCCUACCACGUGGCCGUGACCCUCAGCAGCCUCAACAGCUGCAUGGAUCCCAUCGUCUACUGCUUUGUCACCAGCGGCUUCCAGACCACCGUCCGAGGCCUCUUGCGCCGCCACGGAGCCCGGUACGAGCCCGACAGCAGCAACAUGGUCAGCAUGCACAAGAGCUCCAGAGGCUCGGGCCACAAUCACAUCCUCGGCGCCAGCCCCAGCACCUUCACCCAGGACUUGGCCAACGGGCCUGACGCCUAGCCAGUGGGACUCUGCGAGGGGACCCGAGGUCAGGACUGGGCGGGGCAGGCCAGGUCCGGGACAGCAGGGACCUCUGCUCUGCCGGGGGGAGGGGGCGGCAAUCAGGUUCCCCUGGAUUGACUGGGGCUGGCUGCCCAGCCCACUGCGUGGAGAAAGAGUCUAAGACCACACAGUGCCGUGGUUCACUGGCGAUGUCCGCCACAGGCUCUGCGGGGGAUGCGGCAGUCCAGGGGCUGAUUGCUCACCAUCCCGGGGGCAUAGACUGUGUCCAGUGAAAACUCAGAGGGGUAGCCAGGAGCUGCUCCUCUCCUGGUCCAUCCUCACCCUACAAGGACUCCUCAGAAACAGGGACUAGGAAUCCUAAAGAGGUUCCCACCACUCUUCCCCUCCCCUGCCCCCGUGCCUGUCCCGCACAGAGAGAAGAACAAGGACAGAAAGGAAAAGUCAAGGGACACGAAUGCCACAUGAGCAGACGGGAGGGGUUCGGGUCUCCGGAAGACCGCUGUCCGAGGCCCCCGUGAAUCACACAGUACGACAGCGUGACGGCCAUGGGGUGCUUUGGUGGAAGGGCUGUGACAUCGGGGCUGAUGCCUGACCCCGAAACACCCCACAGAGGAGAGGCUGUGUCCUGCCCAUCCGGGGUGGGAGGGGUUAAGCAGCACGUACAGGGGGCGCACGGCCGCGUUGGAAUCGAAACACCGUCCCACCUCCAGCCACACCCCUGCACCUGCCCCAUGAGGCAGCUCCAAUCUGCCCAAAGCCCCCACUCCAGGAACGACCUCAGAAGACCCUGCCUGCUGCCCCAGGACGGUGGCAGGGCUCACGGCCCCAUCCUAUGGAUGAGAAAACCAAGAGCAAAGACCUAGGGCAACGUGGAGCCAGGCCUACGGGCCUGAGGCUCCCAUCUGCCCACAUACGGAGCUCCUUGUUCUCCUCCGGGGGUAGAGAGCUCUGACCAGCAGCUCCUGCCUGGCUCGUUCUUUCUCCCCUGCCUUUCCUGGGGAGGGAGCGUUUUUCUGGCUUGGGUCUCUGAUGCCUCCUCUGAGCUGCACUCCGGGCUUGCCUCCACAAGCCUUCUGUGGAGCAGGCAAGCUCCCUGAGCCCUUUGUAGACUGCUAUACGGAUAGGGGCCUGUUGGGGAAGAGGAGCCCUGGGCAUUCCAGGCACCAGGCCUCACCCCAGCACUUGGCCAGAGCCAGUGAAGCAGGGUGAGAUGGAAUCUGGCCUCAGAUCUGCCCAGCCUUACAGAGGAGAGUCCUGCCUGCUCAGUGGCUCCAGGCAAAAUGCCCUGUCCUCCAAGUUCAGGGCCCUGGAGGGAGGCCUGCCUGGGAGGCAGGAAGGCCAUCUAUAUCCCCAUGCUACAGAUGAGAAAACGGAGUCUCGAAGAGGGAAAGGCCCGGCCAGGGUUGGAGCGAGCACUGGGCACUGCAAGGCCAGCUCUGUCUUUGCCAGCCCCUGUGGGAGCCCCAUGUGAGCAGCUCCUCCGACCCCAGGACACGUCAGCCCACUGCCUCCCUGCUGGAGGCCAAGGGAGUCCAAGGCUCCCUCAGAGCAGGGUGGUGCUGCUGGGCCCCCAGGCGGGCUGCUUCCUGGGCCUGGAGGCUGGAGGAGCAGUGGGCGUGGUGGUCAGCAUCACAAGCAUCGACGUCCUUGGCCCUGACUGAGUGCCAGGCACGGUACGGGAGCCUCUCCCCUACCUCGCUCCGAGCGGGGCUGUGGCUCACCAGGGACCCAGAGCUGCACAGGAAAGAGCAGGGACCUGGGAGCCCAUGGCAAGAGGGAUGCUGAGCCAAGGGACCGGCACUAAUGGUAGGUUUUCAGGCAGGGAAUCCCCCACGGAGCUCUGUCUGUCCCCGGCCCUGCAUCUGGCCCCUGGGCAGGCAUGCGGUGGGGUGGGGGGGGGAGGGUCAGUGUCAGGUGUUUGCCCCAGUGGAGCAUCACCUGUGGGCUCUCUGCCUCUGUCAGCUCAGCUGCCCCUGGUUCUCAUUCUCAUUCACGCUCAAGAGUGAGUGGAUGGCGACGGACUGCUGUGUUUGGGGCUGGAAGUUUUUUGGGAACAGUCCCUUCGUCUAGGAGGAGGGGUCUCUAAAGUAGGUGAGCCAGCGGGGAUCUGGGAAACAGUGAACAGACUGGGUCUGUCCCGCCCUGUUUCACAGCUGUUGUCUCGUUAAUCCCCACCGUGUGUGGAGGGAAGCGCCAUGGGCAGUGCUUGGAUCCGAACCCAGGAAGGUGCCCGAGCCCCCUCCCCUUGUCCCCAAGCCUGAAAUCCCACCAUCCAACCUGGGUUUUGCAGGGGGAGCCUUCCACCACUCAAGCUUGAGAGGGUGGCCACCUGUCUUCUGCAGCUGGGGCGGGAAUUGGGGGCUGACCUCGCACCCCUGAGAACUCAGCCUGACGGCCCCCCACACAGGGCUCUCUCUAGGUGGCCUCAGUGUCCCCCAGUCUCCACUGCUCUCUCUCCUCUCCUUGGCCUUGCAGCUGGAGGAGAGGGGGCUGGGGAAUCACCCCACAGCUCUCUCAGAGGCUUGAUCCCACCUCCUGACAUCUGGCUCCCUCCUUCUCUGGCCUCUUUGUCAGGACUGAGGCCCAGGGGCCUCCGGAGGCCGACCUGGACUGUCCUUGUUCCCAUGGGGGCCAGGGUGAGAGGUCCCUGCACCCCCUCCCCAUGGCCUCCCUUCCCUGAUUUUCAAAAAGCCCAAGUGACAUGACAUGGCUUGUGUAUUUAUAUCUGAUGUAAACAAUCCCCUUAACAAGAAGUCCUCAUCCUGAAUUAAAG